UUGGUGCGAAUAGACACAACGUUGUUUUUUUGUAGAAAAUGGCUCGCAGAUAUGAUACCCGCACGACUAUCUUUUCUCCAGAAGGUCGCUUGUACCAAGUGGAGUACGCCAUGGAAGCUAUAAGUCACGCAGGUACUUCCCUUGGUAUUUUGGCCAAUGAUGGGAUCCUCUUGGCUGCCGAAAAGAGAAACACAAACAAACUUCUGGAUGAGGAUUUUUUUUCUGAAAAAAUCUAUAAACUAAAUGAUGAUGUCGUCUGCUCAGUGGCUGGCAUCACGUCAGAUGCCAAUGUUUUGACAAAUGAACUACGUCUGAUUGGUCAGAGGUACCUUUUACAGUAUGGAGAAACUAUUCCUUGCGAACAGUUAGUCUCUUGGCUCUGUGAUGUUAAGCAAGCUUAUACUCAGUUUGGUGGCAAAAGGCCUUUUGGUGUAUCAAUUUUGUACAUGGGAUGGGAUCGUCAUUAUGGAUAUCAGCUCUAUCAGUCCGACCCUAGUGGUAACUAUGGUGGAUGGAAAGCAACUUGUAUUGGCAAAAAUUCAUCUGCGGCUGUGUCUUCCCUCAAACAAGAAUAUAAAGAAGGAGAGAUGACAUUGAAAGAUGCUAUGGCUCUUGCUAUUAAAGUUAUGUCAAAAACGUUAGAUAUGAAUAAACUCACUGCUGAAAAAGUUGAAAUGGCAACCUUAACUCGAGUUGAUGGAAAGACGAGAACGAGGAUUUUGCCAGCCAAGGAAGUAGAAGCAUUGAUUGCUGAACAUGAAAAAUUGGAGGCUCUGGCAGAGGCAGCAAAGAAAGAAAAGCAGAAGAUUUAAGGUUUUUGGAUUUGUUGUUUAGCAAAUAAAAAAUGGCGGUCAUUGUAACGAACUUCAACUUCAAAUCAAAUUUUACUUUUUUAUUGAAUGUAAUUGAAAUAAAUUUCUAUAUUAAAAAAAAAUAAAAACACCGAA